GAAGCCGCGGGAGGUGGCCCAAGUGUGCAUCCCAGACGCAACAGGGCAGGGCCCACUUCCCUUGCUGUCCACUCAAAGUCAGCCGCACGCCUGGUCGGGCUCUCAGCCAUGAUGAGGAGAAGCUUCCAGGUGGCCGCUAGACUGGGACACCGCAGAGCCCUUCUCAGGACCCCCUGUAUCCUGCCCAGACUCGACCCUGCCGCAGCAUUUGGAUCCUCCACUGACUCCCUGGUCUCAAGGUUUUGUCCAGUGAAGACAGACUUGAAGGACUAUGCCCUCCCCAAUGCCAGCUGGUGUCCAGACAUGCUGAGCCUGUACCAGGAAUUUCUGGAGAAGACCAAGUCCGACGGCUGGGUCAAACUGCCCUCCUUCAAGUCCAACAGAGACCACAUUCAAGGGCUCAAGCUCCCGUCCGGGUUGGUAGCUGCCUCAGACAAAAGUGACUGGCGCAUCUUCACCAGGUGCAUCCAAGUCGAAGGACAAGGCUACGAGUAUGUCAUCUUCUUCCACCCAUUCAAGAAGAAGUCGGUCUGUCUUUUCCAACCAGGCCCCUACCUGGAGGGGCCUCCCGGGUUUGCUCACGGAGGGUCCCUGGCAGCCAUGAUGGAUGAGACCUUUUCUAAAACUGCCUACCUGGCUGGAGAGGGGCUGUUCACACUAAAUCUCAACAUCAGGUUCAAAAACUUGAUCCCUGUGGGCUCUCUGGCUGUACUGAAUGUCCAAGUGGAAAAGGUUGAAGACCGGAAGCUUUAUAUGUCCUGCAUCACCCAGAGCAGAGACCAAGAGACGGUCUACGCCAAGUCUUCAGGUGUUUUCCUUCAGUGGCAGCUGGAAGAAGAAUCAUCCCCUUAGGAGUCACUAUGCCGACCCUGAUGACCCUACCUGCUGGGGACCCUCAUCAGAGCAGAAAGGGUCCCCAGGAGAUGAGGAGAGGGCACUUUCUCUGAGUAAAUAAACUCUCACUGCCCCAUG